CACCAUUACUAUUUCCAAGGCCAGGUGAGUAGAUAUAGGAACCUUUCUAGCACGUGCGAAUGGUAUAAAUUGCCCGUCACGUGCCACUGCUACCUCAAUCCAAUCAACUGAAUCUGGGAUCAGCUUCUCCUUUCAAACCAGAAAAAGAAUUGUAAUGAAAUGAAUAUUCCUCUUCCGUCGUACCCGCUUUUCUAAAUGGCUAAGACGGAGAUGACAAAAGCAAGUAUUGAAAUUCAUGAGAGGGAAAGAAAUCGAGGCUCCAUUGAAUUUAAUAAAGCGGUUCCUAAGUUUUUGGUGCAGCUACCUAACAAGCUUCAAAGUUGUCUGAAGUCUCAGCUCAAGAGAUUUGCUAAAGAAGAUGGACAACAUUCACUGAUUAGUUCUGACUCUAAAUGGGGAAAGGAAGCACUUGCUUCUUCUGAAGCUGAUUUGGAGAAGCAAUUGCAAGCAUGGAGAGAAAAUCCUUCAUGGGCUGAUCCACGUUCAGAAGUUAAGGUCAGUGUGCCAAAAGGUUCUCUUUGCAAUCUUAAAGUAAAUGUCAAUGUUGGGCUGCCUCCUGAUGCAAUCUAUAACAUAGUUACUGAUCCUGAUAAUAAGAGGGUUUUUAAAAACAUUAAGGAAGUGAUAUCUAGAAAAGUUUUAGUCGAUGAAGGUCACAGACAGGUGGUUGAGGUGGAGCAAGCAGCUUUAUGGAAAUUUCUUUGGUGGUCGGGAACCAUCUCUGUUCAUGUUUUAGUUGAUCAAAACAGAAAAGAUCGCUCAAUGAAGUUCAAGCAAGUAAAAACAGGGUUUAUGAAAAAAUUUGAAGGCUGCUGGAGAGUGGAACCUUUAUUUGUUGAUGAAAAGACAUGCUUUCCCUUCAAACCCAAGACAUGGGAGGAAUAUUGCUCAUGCACUGGAGGCAAAGGAAGGCUUGGUUCAAAGGUGAGCUUGGAGCAGCUUAUUCAGCCAGCCAUUGUUCCACCUCCACCCAUUUCCUGGUAUUUAAGAGGUAUUACCUCCAAAACCACUGAGAUGCUGAUAAAUGAUCUGCUUGCUGAAGCUGCCAGAAUCAGAGGUGAUUUGGGUCCUCAAAAAUCUAACAAAGAAUCUGAAUCAUCUCAAGAAAUACUUUCUGAAGUUGAUAAUGUUCAUGAUAUAAAAACAAGAUGGGCCAUGCGUAGGAGAAAUGCAAAACUAUAUCAUCGGAAACAACUGACGGCUAAUUGAUUUCUAUGUAAUUUAGUAUGUAACUUUAUUAAGCAGUUUGUAUUUCAGAUACUGUGGUAUGGAAAUGAAUUUUUAUUUUUUUUA